CACGCCAAGACACAAUCAGAGCGGGAUUGAUUUCAGAGCAUACGCCAUUUUGUUUAUUUUUUCAUUUUUUAAAACGUUAUAGUGAUAAUAAAAAGUGUUUUAUUUCUUCUAAUCUUCGUUGUUAUUGUUUAUUUGAAAUCUACAUCCAGGUCUGUUACUAGGGCUUACCUAAAAUGGCGUACGCCCAAGAAGAAGGGGAUCGAUUUAAUACUCAUAGGAUUGGACGAUUAGAUGACAUCGAUGAUUAUGAUGUUUGUAACAAUUUUUGGUUGAGCGACUUGAAGGAUAAAGGACUCCUGUUCUAUGUGAACCUAGAAGAAACAGCAGUUCUUACGCGCCUGUAUGGUUCUUUACCAAGCUACGUUGGAAUCGUUGGCUUUCUCAGCCUGGAGAAAUAUGAAAGCAGUUACGAUUUUAUCAGUCUUCAUAGUGGACGCAGACCAAGACAAAAUGUUCAUUUCUUCAUUGAUCGUUAUGGCGAUAAAAUAAUGGAUAAUAUGAUAGCUACAUAUAAAUUUCACAAUGAACACGUGAGAACACAGACAAAGUUUGUAAUAAUAUCCAGCAGCUUGGAUUUAUUUUCGGAUGAAGCCGUUGUCAACGGUAGAGGCAGAGUUGUGGAACUUUUGUCUCCCUUGAACCCAAUUCUUCGAGAUAAUUUGGAUAGACUUUUCAUCUUGUAAUUUAAAUAUGUCAAGCUAGUCAAGUCACUCCAAGUUUGUUUUGUGCGUAAAACACGUGACUUGUUCAAUCAGCCAUCAGAUCAUUAAAAAAGGAGACUAUGAAUAGAUAAAGAAAGCUUGAUCAGUUGAUGCGGGGUGUUAUCCCGGCCAACCGCAGUUUAUUUUUAAAUUUUGGUUCUUGCUUAUAUAUCUCGAUGCUUUUCAUUAGUGCAAUUGAAGCGGGAAAUGGAAGAAAGGGUGAUACCAGUCAUGUAACAAGGCGAGCUCAGUGACAGAGAGCUUCUGCUGGAUUGGGAGAAACAUGGCAUGACAUCAUUCAUCAUUUCCUCCAUACCUACUCUGCCUAAGAUCCCAUCUGGGUCAUAAGCCACCAACCAACUUUCUCCAGGCGUCUCAAUUCUAGGAUAGUCUCUCAAACUGUCCCGGUGUCUUGCCCAUCUGCUUGACAUCUGCUUCCAAAUCGCGGAGCCAUGUAUUCCUAGGCCGUCCCCUCAUCCUCUUCUUUGGGGGUUUUAGGUGAGGCCUUGCCUAGUAAUGCAUGAUUGCGAAAGGUUUGACCUAUCCAUCUCCAGCCUCUCUGAAGAAAAUUUAGUUCCAUGGCUACUUUGUUCUUGGCCACAGUUCCUAAUUCCAUAUUUUGUCUGCCCAGAGGGGGUUAUUGAUGAAUGCCUGGAUUUUUCUUAUGGUGUUGCGGUGGUUUUCCAGGUCAAUGAUACAUAAAGUAGCAUUGGCUUAACACUGUUGAAAAACUUCAUCUUGGUGGUGGUGUUUAUUUCCCUAGAUCUUCAGCAAAUGGAAGGCUGCUCGAGCUUUACCAAAGCUUGUUCUGACAUCUGCAUCUGUUCCGUCAUGGUUAUCUAGGGUAUUGCCGAGAUAGGUGAAGCUUUUCACUUUUUCUAGGGCUUCACCUUGGACUUUAAUGGGUGCGUUGUCAGACGCCUUUAUCUUGAAUACAUUGCCAUUUCCCUCUGUUAAUGAUAAGAUCCCGUCCAGUUUAAUUGUCCGCUGCGGUGCUUAUCUUUUCCUGCAUCCGUGUCGUGUGUAUGAGAGAGAAGUUGAUGUCAUUAGUAACACUGCUCACUGUAUACCAGCUCCGCUUCUGGACUGCUGCUGUCUCCGUGACUGGCUAGCAGAAACAAGAAUGGAGAGAGGAAACAGCAUUCUCACACUCCUGUUAGGACUUCAAAUGCGUCUGUCAUGUGUUUGUCAUGCACAUUUCUGCAAGUGAUCCUCUCAAUUGACUUCUGGUGAUGUUUCAAGCACUUUGUAGUGUCUCAGUAGUAAGAAGUAUGAAGACGGGGUCUGUCUGUCCACACUGUCCAAUGUCUUCUCAUAAAUUAAAAAACUGACGUAGAGUGGAGGAGUUCCAUUCCGUCAACUGUUCCAGCAGAAUGGAGAAGUACUACGUUAGGGCCAUCGUUGUAAUAACAAUCGACGGUUUCAAGAUCAGUUCAUGAAAUCUUUGUAGAGUGAAAGAAAGGGGAGCAAGUGCUGGCCUUCUAAGUUAAUGAAAAACGUAGUUGUCGACCUUUUUCCAGUCUUGUGAGACCCGAAAUUUUAAAGUGGCGAUAACUGUGAGACAGAGAGCGGUAUCGAAUUCUAGUUCUUGAUAGAACUGGUGAGACAGAGAGCGGUAUCGAACUCUAGUUCUUGAUAGAACUGGUGAGACAGAGAGCGGUAUCGAAUUCUAGUUCUUGAUAGAACUGGUGAGACAGAGAGCGGUAUCGAACUCUAGUUCUUGAUAGAACUGGUGAGACAGAGAGCGGUAUCGAAUUCUAGUUCUUGAUAGAACUGGUGAGACAGAGAGCGGUAUCGAACUCUAAUUCUUGAUAGAACUGGUGAGACAGAGAGCGGUAUCGAACUCUAGUUCUUGAUAGAACUGGUGAGACAGAGAGCGGUAUCGAAUUCUAGUUCUUGAUAGAACUGGUGAGACAGAGAGCGGUAUCGAACUCUAGUUCUUGAUAGAACUGGUGAGACAGAGAGCGGUAUCGAAUUCUAGUUCUUGAUAGAACUGGUGAGACAGAGAGCGGUAUCGAAUUCUAGUUCUUGAUAGAACUGGUGAGACAGAGAGCGGUAUCGAAUUCUAGUUCUUGAUAGAACUGGUGAGACAGAGAGCGGUAUCGAAUUCUAGUUCUUGAUAGAACUGGUGAGACAGAGAGCGGUAUCGAAUUCUAGUUCUUGAUAGAACUGGGAAACAAUGUGUCAACAUUUUUUCAUAACCAUAGACAGGUAUGGUCGUUAGUUAUUAGGAACUUAAAGUGUUCAAGCAAUCGGUCUUAAUUUAUUCAUAGUCUCCUUAAAUUUAAUGUAUUCAAUAACAAAAAGUUGAUUUAAUAACGAUUAAUUAUAUAUAUCGUUACUAAUUACUUUGAAAAUUAAAAUAUGAUUAUUUUUUUAAUUUUUUUUUUUAGAUUUUGUGUUUAGUACAAUGGUGUUACUCAUGCUAAGAUUUGUUACCGUCUUUUCUUAUUGUGAUCGCUGAAAAUUAAUAAAUGUUUUCAAUAAGUGCUCAGUGUGUUUAUUAGGCUAUAUUUUGUUUCUUUACACAUGCAACACUGUCAUUUCAAUAAUUAGCGAAAUAUAAAUAGAUAUUGUGGCCAUAAUAGCUGAGUUGUUAUGCUUCAAGACUGUUACGAGCAGAUGAGACUCUUAAUCAUACACCAAACAGACUCGUGUUAUAUUGUAUAUAAUGAGGACUUGAAUCUUGAUACAACACAUAAAGAUUGCCAAUUAGAUCUUCGUUUACAUCCCUCCAUCUCACGAUCCUCUAUCUUCCCUUUUCAACAUGCAUUC